GGUAUUCUCGUAACCUGGACCAAAGGCUUCAAAGCUACAGACUGUGAGGGUGAAAAUGUGGUGGAGCUUCUUCGGGACGCCAUCAAGAGGAAAGAGGAGUUUGAGCUGGAUGUUGUUGCCAUAGUGAACGACACAGUGGGCACGAUGAUGACCUGCGCAUACGAGGAGCCCAACUGUGAAGUGGGACUGAUCGCAGGGACCGGAAGUAACGCGUGCUACAUGGAGGAGGCGAAGAACAUUGAGAUCGUGGAGGGGAACGAGGGCCGCAUGUGUGUGAACAUGGAGUGGGGAGCGUUCGGAGACAAUGGCUGUCUGGACGAUAUCAGGACAACGUACGACCAGUCGGUGGACGAGAACUCGCUCAACGAAGGGAAACAGAGAUUCGAGAAGAUGUGCAGUGGGAUGUACCUCGGAGAAAUCGUCAGGCAGAUUUUGCUCGAUCUGACCAAGCGUGGCUUCCUCUUCCGGGGACAAAUCUCCGAGGCGUUGAAGACCCGAGGCAUCUUCGAGACCAAGUUCCUGUCACAGAUAGAGAGUGAUCGUCUGGCGCUCCUUCAGGUCAGAGCCAUCCUGCAGCAGCUGGGUCUGGACAGCACCUGUGAUGACAGUAUAAUCGUGAAGGAGGUGUGCGGCACGGUGUCCCGUCGCGCCGCUCAGAUCUGCGGAGCCGGGAUGGCGGCCGUGGUCGACAAGAUCCGUGAGAACAGAAGCCUCGAGCACCUCGACAUCACAGUGGGAGUGGACGGCACGCUCUACAAGCUGCACCCUCACUUCUCACGGAUUUUCCAUCAGACGGUGAAGGAUCUCGCCCCGAAAUGUGACGUCAACUUCCUGCUGUCGGAGGACGGCAGCGGGAAGGGAGCCGCUCUCAUCACUGCAGUCGGCUGCCGGCAGAGAGAGCUGGACGCCCAGCAGCAGUGAGGAAACCUGCUUCUCCUGGAGGAAAGACUACCUGCUGCACCCACCUCUCAUUUCCCCCCCUUUUGGCAGCCGUGACUCCGCCCCCUCCACACACAGCCAGAGAGUCAUGCUGCACGAAUAGGAAAUUAAAUAUCUAAUUUAUUUAUACUGAACCAGAGGGUUUAUUAUUUCCAUGUUUGUACAUGUUCCCCUAUGACUCAUCAGUAACCUGAUAAACCUACAAAUAAUCCAUAGGUGUGCAAUAUUUGUGUAUUGCUUAUUUUAUUUUUAUAUGUAUGGAGGCAAAUGUAUUUAUAUAGCUGAAGCCACUUUGAAUCCCAGAGGUCAUUAGGAUUUUUGCAUCAUAGACACAAGAAAAUGUCAGCAUGUCUUUUUAUAUGAGGGUUACGAACAAGCAGGUCACUUCCCAAUGAAGGACGUCUUUCUCACCGAAUGAGGAAAGAGUCACGGCUGUCCCAAUCAUCCUCAUGUCUGUGCAACAUGCCCACACAAUGUGCUUGGCUACUAACCACUUUGUGUAACUGUCAGUGUAACUUAUAUAUUAAAGUAAUCCAACGGCACCGCACCAUUUUCUCCUCCAGAGCUAGAAAGGCAGAAAGUGGAAGUGCUAGCGUAUCCUGUUGCUAUUUGUGAACUACGAUACUUUUGGUGUUGUGAUGAAUCCCCACUUUUUCUCAUCGUAUGUGCAAACGAAUAAAUGUUUAUUGGGCCCCGUGAAAAGAGUGGAGACUAUGAGCGCUUCUGUGUGUGUUUGUGGCGAAUGUGUCUUACUGUAGUGAGCUGUAGCUUUCAAUGUCCGAAGCUCUGUGGAGACUGCUACCUUACAUUAAGACAAAGGAGAGUUCUGGGUCACUUUUCUUUUCUUCUGUUUUUCUUUUGUACAUCAAUAUAGAUUUGUGAUCGACACAGUGAAAAGUGAACUCAUUAAAUUAUAUUUUGUUGUGGACCAAA